AUGGCAAAUUCAUCCAAGGAGCGCGGCAUUCGCAUAGCAAUCGACCGAGGCGGCACCUUCACCGACUGCGUUGGCGAGCACAAUGGCGAGGAAAUCAUCAUCAAGCUCCUCUCCGAGGACCCGGCAAACUACAAAGAUGCGCCGCUGGAGGGCAUCCGGCGCAUCAUGAGCCAUUUCCUCAAGCGGGACAUCCCCCGUGGCGAACCCUUGGACACUUCCAAAAUUGAUUCCAUUCGUAUGGGCACCACCGUGGCGACGAAUGCGUUGCUGGAAAGGAAGGGCGAGAAGAUUGCCAUGAUCGUCACAAAAGGGUUUAAAGACUGUUUGACGAUUGGUAAUCAGUCCAGGCCCAAGAUCUUUGACCUGGCCAUCAGGAAGCCGGAUGUUUUGUAUGAGCAGGUCGUGGAAAUUGACGAGCGAGUCACACUGGAGGAUUAUGCUGAAGACCCGGAAAGGAAAAUCACAGCGGCAGAUGCUCAGGCGGGCACCAAGGAGGCCGAAGGCAAAGAGCUCGUCAGGGGUCUCUCCGGCGAGACGGUCAGAAUAUUGAGACGCCCCGAACAUGGCGAUAUCAAAGAAAAGCUACAAAAGGUGUAUGACUCUGGAAUUCGCAGCAUAGCCGUGUGCCUUAUGCACGGAUAUACGUUCCCCGAGCACGAGGCUCUGAUAGGCAAGAUUGCAAAGGAGAUUGGCUUCCAACACAUUUCACUCAGUCACGAGCUGAUGCCCAUGGUGAAGCUUGUACCGCGAGCAACUUCUGUCUGCGCAGAUGCAUAUCUGACUCCUGCAAUCAGGAAGUACAUUGAUGGCUUCCAGGCUGGAUUUGAAGGAGGCUUGGGCACAGAGAGCGUCAAGCACGAAAAGGGUCCCAAAGGCGCUCGCUGUGAGUUUAUGCAGAGUGAUGGCGGUCUCGUUGAUGUCGACAAAUUUACGGGCCUCAAGGCCAUUUUAUCUGGUCCCGCAGGAGGUGUAGUGGGCUAUGCUAUGACAUCCUAUGAUGAAGAGACGAGGGUUCCCGUUAUUGGGUUUGACAUGGGAGGCACUAGUACAGACGUUUCUCGUUACGGAGAGGGCCGAUACGAGCACGUCUUCGAAACAACCACUGCCGGCGUCACGAUCCAGUCUCCUCAGCUGGACAUCAACACUGUCGCCGCUGGAGGUGGCUCUCGUCUCUUCUUCCGCAACGGAUUGUUCGUCGUGGAACCUGAGUCUGCCGGUGCGCAUCCCGGCCCUGCCUGCUACAGAAAAGGUGGUCCUGCAACUGUCACGGAUGCCAACCUGUACCUGGGCCGCCUUCUGCCAGAAUUCUUCCCCAAAAUCUUUGGCAAAAAUGAAGAUGAGGGACUGGAUCUGGAGGCGAGCAAAAAGGUGUUGCAGGAGCUGACAGACCAAGUCAACCAAGAGACUGGAAAGAAUCUGACCGUAGAUGAGGUCGCUUUUGGAUUCCUGACGGUUGCAAACGAGACCAUGACAAGACCUAUCCGAUCCAUCACCGAAGCAAAGGGCCACGAUACCUCUAAACACCGUCUGGCAACCUUUGGCGGUGCCGGUGGCCAACAUGCUGUCGCUAUCGCAGAGUCUCUCGGUAUUAGCCAGAUCCUUGUCCACCGAUAUUCAUCUGUCCUCUCUGCCUACGGCAUGGCACUUGCAGACGUUGUCGAUGAGCGACAAGAACCUGAUUCUUCAGUCUGGGAAGACAACGGCAAAGUAGUUACCGAGCUGAAGGCCAAGAUGGAGAAAUUGAAGGACAAGUCGCGAGCCGCUCUGAAAGACCAAGGUUUCGACGAGAACGAGAUUGUGUUUGAGGAGUAUCUCAACUGCAGAUACCGCGGUACUGAGUCCGCUCUCAUGAUCAUCAAGCCUAGCGAAGAAGAAGCAAAGGCGAGUUUUGAUGGAAAAGACUGGGAGUUUGGCAAGGCCUUUGUCAAGCACCAUCGCUACGAAUUUGGUUUCACGCUGGAUGAUCGAGACAUCAUUGUAGAUGACGUUAGACUCAAAUCGAUCAAAAGACAGGAUACUCCCUCGAAGAAGCAGCACAGUGAGCAGGAGGUCUACUUUGAAGGCGGCAGAGUCAAGACUCCUGUCUACAAGCUCAAGGACUUGAACGAGGGUGAUGUGGUCAAUGGACCAGCUAUGCUAGCGGACGGAACUCAAACUAUUGUUGUGACUCCACGCACCAAGGCUCUCAUUACAGGAACACAUGUUGUUCUGGACAUUUCAAAGGAAGGCACCAAAGAUGAGUCCCACAACACCGGAGGAGAUCGCGAAGUCGACCCCAUCAUGCUCAGUAUCUUCGGGCACAGAUUUAUGGCCAUUGCGGAACAGAUGGGCCGAGCUUUGCAAAAGACGAGUGUCAGCACAAAUGUCAAAGAAAGACUCGAUUUCUCCUGUGCCAUAUUUGAUGCCUCUGGCAACCUGGUAGCCAACGCACCACACUUGCCCGUGCAUCUAGGAAGCAUGAGCCACUUGGUCCGUCGACAGGCAGAGAUCUGGAAAGGAAGACUACAAAAAGGAGACGUCAUCAUUUCCAACCACCCUUCGUACGGAGGCACUCAUCUUCCAGACGUGACGCUAGUGAUGCCCGCUUUCGACCCCAAGGGCGAGAACAUUCUCUUUUACGCAGCAUCCCGAGCCCACCAUGCCGACAUUGGUGGAAUCAGCGCCGGCAGCAUGCCACCGCACUCUCGCGAGCUAUUUCAAGAGGGAGCUUCUAUCAAGAGCGAGAAGUUGGUCAGCGGCGGCAAAUUCGACGAGGAGCGGGUUAUCGAGCUCUUCUACAAUGAGCCGGCCCAGUACCCUGGAUGCAGUGGCACACGAAGCCUUGCAGAUAACAUCAAUGACCUUAAAGCUCAGGUAUCUGCCAACAACAAGGGCAUUUCUCUUAUUGAGACUCUGAUCGAUGAAUACGGUGAGGAAACUGUCCAGUUUUACAUGGUCAACAUCCAGAAGAAUGCCGAGAUGUGCGUACGACGACUGCUCAAGGACGUCUAUAAGCGGUUCGAGGGCAAGGAGUUGUCUGCUGUGGACUAUAUGGAUGACGGAACUCCCAUUCGGCUCAAAGUUACCAUCGAUCCCGAAGCAGGCGAGGCCGAGUUUGACUUUGAAGGAACUGGGCCUGAAGUGUACGGCAACAUCAAUGCUCCCCAAGCAAUCACCUUUAGCGCCAUCAUCUACUGCCUACGCUGCCUCAUCUCUGAAGAUAUCCCCUUGAACCAAGGAUGUCUGAAGCCAAUCCACGUCAAGAUUCCUCCCAAAUCUCUCCUUUCGCCAUCUGGCAACGCGGCUGUGGUUGGUGGAAACGUGCUCACCAGUCAGCGAAUUACCGAUGUCGUUUUCAAGGCCUUCCAAGCCUGCGCCGCCAGCCAGGGAUGUUGCAACAACCUCACAUUCGGCUUUGGAGGAAACCAAUCCGGCAAGGAAGCCGUCAAGGGCUUUGGCUACUACGAGACUAUUGCAGGUGGAAGUGGCGCCGGGCCUGACUGGGUUGGCACGAGCGGCGUGCACGUCCAUAUGACCAACACGAGAAUCACGGACUCAGAGAUCUUUGAGCGAAGAUAUCCCGUCAUCUUGAAAGAGUUUUCCAUUCGAAAAGGAUCGGGAGGCGAUGGUCAGCACCGUGGUGGCGACGGAGUCAUCCGAGAUAUAGAGUUCCGCAUACCCCUGCAAGUGUCGAUCCUUAGCGAGAGGCGUGUAUACCAUCCAUAUGGCCUCAACGGUGGCGAGGACGCCCAGUGUGGAUUGAACCUGUGGCUCCAAGGAGAAGAAGACUCAGGACAGACGGAAUACGAAGAGCGGCACAUCAACCUGGGAGCUAAAAACACGGCUGCCAUGUCGGCAGGGGACCGCAUCAUCAUAUGCACCCCGGGAGGCGGUGGCUGGGGAAAGCCAGGCGAAAAGAGCCAAGAGAGAAAAAGAGCCGAUGUCACUGAGAGCUGGAGCAAGGGCAGUUUCGCGGCUAGAGAAGAGACUGCUUUGCAGGCUUAG